AUGCCAGGAUUCACAUCCUUCAUCCUCGGCCACGGUCACUUUACCUCCUUCAAGCCCGACUCACCACCACCAUCGGACUACGACUCCGAACCAGAAACAGCAAAAUCCAAAAAGCGCCGUCUGCAAGAAGAACGCAGGCGUGCAAAACAAGUCUCUAGCUUCUAUGAUACCACGCAGUCGCGCGCAAACAUGGAGAAGAUGCUAGGUGUUGCGCGAAGUUUGUACGCCGAAAUCUCUGCUCAGAUUGAUUUGUUUCAUGAUCUUGGGCUGGUGGAGGAGAAGGGGGCUAUUAUUAGGGAGUUUGAAACGGGGAAUGGGAGGAUUAUUGCGGGAGCCAAGGAAAUCCUGGAUAGGUUUGAGAAGGGGGGUGGGAGGGGAGUUGUGAAAGAGCUGGAAGCAGGGGCGGCAGAGCUGAGGAGGGUUGUUACCACGGGGUCGGAAGGGGACGCGAUGGAUAGGUGUGUUAUGCUGGAAGUUCUGUCUGUAUAUCGAAUGCUGGUUAUUGGACCAGUGAAGCAGAUGAAGAAGGAUAUGAAGACUGCAUUGAGGAAGAAGAAGGGCUGGACAGAUCCCAAGUGA